CCUAUCAAAUUCCUCCUUUACAUCAGGUUCCUAUCAGAGUUCCCCCUUACAUGAGGGUCUCCAUCAGAGUGCCUCCUUACAUUAGGGUCCCUAUCAGAGUGCCCCCUUACAUCAGGAUCCCCAUCAGAGCACCCCUUUACAUCAAGUGUCCCCAUCAGAGUGCCCCCUUACAUCAGGGCCCACAUCAGAGUGCCCCCUUACAUCAGGGUCCCCAUCAGAGUGCCCCUUUACAUCACUGUCCCCAUCAGAGUGCUCCCUUGCAUAAGGGUCCCCAUCAGAGUGCCUCUUUACAUUAGGUGUCCCCAUCAGAUUGCUCCCUUACAUCAGGGUCUGCUUCAGAUGCCCCCAUCAGAUUACCCCCUUGCAUCAGCUGUCCCCAUCAGAGUGCCCUCUUACAUCAGGGUCCCUUACAUCGGUUUCCCUAUCAGAGCCUCCCUUACAUCAAAUGUCCCCCAAUAGAGUCCCUCCUUACAUAUGAUCAGUUAUCCCCUUAAGAGUCCCCCCUUACAUGGGUUGUCCCCAUCAGCGUGCCUCCUACAUCAACUGUUUGCAUCAGACUG